AAAUAAUAAAAUAAAUAAGACAAUGUUCAGACGUAGAGUAAAGAAAGCCGAAAAACCAAGCUUUCCAGCUGAUAUUGACGGCUUUGGAUAUGUAAUCAAAUCUGACGGAAGCAUCAGAAGCAAAGAGGAAGACACUCCUUAUAACUUUGAAGUCAUUCCAAAGGAUCGUCCUUACAAUGAAGCACGUUAUGAUGCAUUUAUCGCAUUGAUUGGUGAUGAGGUUGAAAAGAGACUUCAACAAGAACCUCUUUGUUUCCAAAAGACACUUAUUCCUAAGGGCGCCAAAGAAUCCGAUCCUCACACAUACAUUUAUAUGACACCAAAUGCAUUGACGACCACAGACAAACUCCUGUUCUUGAUCCCCGGCAACAACACGAGAAUCGGACAGUGGAGUAGACGUGUGAUGUGCGAUGAGAGUAUAAUGAGUGGAUCGAUGAUCGAAGUUGCUACGAUGGCUAAAGAUAGAGGCUAUGAAACUAUCAUCUUCAACCCAAACGGUAUAUACUGGUACAACAACAAAGCUUGGGAAGUACCACCACUUAAAAAUAUCGACUUUAUUACCGUUCCUGAAAAUGACUCGCCCGAAGCACAUUGCCACUACGUGUUUGAAAACUUUGUUAGAAAUACAAAGGCUACAAGAAUCGCAGCAAUUACUCUUGGAUGGGGUGGUCACUGCUUUACUGAAAUUCUCAACAAGAAUUUUGACUUUCUUAAAGACCGCAUGCAGGCCGUAGCAAUGGCUGACAGUGUUCAUUCGAGAGAUCUUGUGGAUGGUUCUGACAAGAGAGCAUGGAUGUUGAGUCAUGCUGUCAACUGGGCAGUGUCGCAGCAAGCCCGUGGUGAGAUCAUUGCUGACACUCGUUUCGGAUGCGAAGUAUUAUCAUCAAAUUGUGAGAUCGCAGACUUUACACUUCCUUCUAGUAUCAAAGACAUUGUGAAGUUUAUCGAUAUCAAGAUGGGAGACCUCAAGCUUGAAAUUGAGGGUAAUGGUGAUCAGGAGGAAGAGGAGGAAUCGGAAUUGACCAAGGAAGAAGAGGCUGAGUUGAAGGAGCACUUGAGUAUAUUGAGUGUUGGAUAAGUUUGAUUAUGGUAUUUUGGCUGUUGUUUAGUAAUACAACACAACACAACACAACACAAUACAAUACAGCUACCAAGGAAUCAAAAAUCAAAAACCAAUAAGUGGUUCAUAGUGAGAACAUCAAAAUAUCAAAUCUCAUGUAUCAAAUGGCAAAUAUCUUUCCCUU